AUGGCGUCCGGUGUGUCGUCUGCCACAACAAACCUAUUAAUUAUAGACAAUACGGUAAAGGUUAUACUUUCUGACAAUGUAAAACUGCUUGCUGCUGACGUUAUAAAAUUAGUUGAAGAUAAACUUGGUGACGAUAGCGUUCUUGCUAUUGUUCCUUGUAAUGGAUCAUAUGAUGUUACCGUCGUCAAUAAUAAAUUAGCUAGUGUUAUAGCACGAGAUGGUUUGCUCGAUGGCUCUGAAGGUCUUCAUUGUAAAUUGAUAGAUUCCAGAGUAAAAGUUGUGUCUUUCAUGCAUAUCCCUGUUUAUGUUUCCGACAAGGAUAUUGAAGUCAAAUUGAAAUCUUGGGGUGUGACCUCAUGUGGUCCUAUAAUCAGAAAAACUAAGGACUAUGAUGGUAAAAAGAAGUAUGAUGGUACGAGAUUUGUAAAGGUGGAAUUCCCCCCCACCGUCUGUAGUUUACCUUAUGCAACUGUUUUCGAUGGUCAGUCGUAUUCAGUGCGUCAUAAUGACCAGGAGAAGGUGUGUUUUAUCUGUCUUUUACCUGGUCAUGUUGUUUCGAAUUGUCCCGAAUUCAAGUGCUUCAGAUGUUAUAAACAGGGCCAUGGGAAAAAGAGCUGCACUUCGGUUCUUUGUCCAAGAUGCAAUUUAUAUGAUUGGAAAUGUCAAUGUUUACAACCUGAUGAUAAUGUUUUUACUGGAGCUAAAAACAACAUUACUGAUAACCUAUCAAGAUCUGUUGUUUUAACGAAUGAAGUUCAUGAACCAACAACAGCUUUACCGUUAAGUGUUGAUGUGGUGUCGGUGAGUUUAACGGAAUCUGGAAAGGUUAACUGUGAUAUUAAUGCAGGUCGUUCGUCAAACAUUUUUUCUGACAUUGAUAGUACUGACAACGUUCAGCCAAUUACUACCCUAAGUAAAAAUGUGUGCGAUGCGACUGAUCAAUAUGAUUAUGAGGCGGCUACUGGUUGUGAAGAUAUGCAUGGUGUCAUUAAAGGAAGUGCUUCGUCUAUUCGGGAUAGAAAUG